CCUCAAAAUCUUUGGUUCCUUUUUCGCUUUUCUAUUAUCUUGUCUCGCUGCAUGAAGGAAUGUGAUUCGAGCGGGAAGGAUACUUGCGUUGUCGACUGUGAUUUUAGAAAAUUGAGCUGUAGGAUUUUGAGGCUUUGGCGAUGGAAGACUGUGCUAAAAUUUGUAGCUUUGACUUAUGCCCUAAUUCUUUGUUCCCAAAUCUCUAGGAAGAUUAAAGAUCGUGGUCAAGCAGCGAUCAGAACCCCAAAUGAUAAGAGAGAGUUGGAGGUUGUCACUUUGAAGUGAAUUUUUGCUGUAAAGACGAAGUCCUAAUUUAGUUUUUAGUGAAUCUGGUAGUCAAGAACGGAAAAUUGUGGCGAUUACUUACAUUCCCUAAGAAUCUGAGGCGGUUCUGGUGUCCAUCGACGAUGAAGUAAAUGCAACCCCUUUCCCCCUUUCCUAUACAUCUCCGGUUAUAAUCGCAAGGAACGAUUUGAUUUUAGUGUUCUCGCAGCGAGAAUAUAAUAUUAUCGAAUGGGAAUUACAACCUGCAUAUGGUCAAAUGUGAUCACGAGUCAUAUUACUGCAUUGUUUGUUAAGAAGUGAAACCUGAGAAAAUUGGACAAAGGUCAAAAGAUGGAUUUCCAGGCUUUCAAGGGAUGCUUUUGAAGCUGCUAGGUUAUAACAUAUCGUGAUACGAAAAGCAUGAGAAGACACCGGGAGAGGGAGCCAUUGCUUAGUUACCCAGAAAAAAAAAAUGGUGGUUUCUCUUUCCUUGAUGCGAUUUUCCUAUUAUUGCUCCUCAGAAGUGAUUGAAAGAAAGUCUCGAUGCCUCUCUUACCGACCUCAAUCGAGGAGCACUGCCAUCUCAGCUUCCCGAGAUAUUCUGCUUGGAAGGCGGCUUGCUGUGAUCAGCAGUGGAGCCUCACUGGUCUUGGUUUCAAGCAUGAGUUGUGGCCUCGCUGCAUUACCUAUCAAGGCAGAAGAAGAGAAGAAUCUGGCCGAUCAAAAGGAUGAGGGCGAUGGUGGUGUUUUUGGCACUAUCAAGUCCAUAUUUGACCCCAAUGAGAAAACCAAAGCAGGAAAGUUACUGCCAAAGGCCUACCUGAAGUCUGUAAGGGAAGUGGUGAAGACACUUCGAGAGUCAUUAGAGGAGGAUACAAGAGAUGUUUCCAAGUUUAGAAGGACUGCUGAUGCCGCAAAGGAGUCAAUCAGACAGUACUUGAGCAGUUGGAAGGGACAGCCAGCAGUUGUAGCUGAGGAAUCAUAUGUUGCAAUUGAGAAAGCUAUAAGAUCACUGGCCAGUUUCUACUCAAAAGCAGGGCCCUUUGCCACCAUGACAGAAGAGGUUAAAGCAAGUAUUCUGAAUGACUUGAAGACCGCAGAGGAUUGUCUGUAACAAGAACAUGGUCAUUUCCAAUUCUUCAGCCCAAUCAAUUUUCCCUGCUCAUUGUGUAUGCAGUUUCCUUCACUUUAAUUGAAAUCUUGACUACUUGAUAGUAUCAUUAGUCAUGUCCUUCUGAACAUCUUAUUCUUCAAAACAUUUGCUCAUUAGAUUCUGUAACAAAUACAUGAUCAUUGCUGCUUUAUUAGAAAAAUGAAAACUGUGCAUGAUUUAAGA